GAAGUCAGCUACGCUAGUUCUUUGUUAAUUUUCUUUACAGUUCCAUGUACAUACGUAUUAUAUAUCUCUCAUCAUAUUUCGAGUAUAGAUUAAUUAUAUGCUAUCGUGGACACUAUUGUAAAAUAUGGAUAACGUGACAGGAAUAAUACGUGCCAUGUAUAGAGGUCUGACCGACAGCUUAAGGGGAGCAGUUGUCCUAUUUUAUAUGGAUAAACGCAUCAAUGAGAAGUUAUAUAAACAAUCUCCGUCUAGGACAGAUACUCAUGGAAAAGAUAUUGUGCUUAUACAUAAUCCUUCGAAACAUUAUUAUAACCAGUUAAGGGAAUCGAAAGUACUGAAGAGAACAAUUCAAUGUUGCGCAUUGAAUGGUGGUGUAUUUUGGGCAAGCAUAUUGAUCUUUGAAUGCGGCCUACUUCCAUUUCUCAAAUACUUAUUGACCAUUAUAUUUGGUCAUUCGUCGGGUAUGGGUAUGACUGUAUGGUCAUGGACAAAACCAUUUUUAUCAUUAACAUUUGGCACUGUAUGGGUACUACCACUGUUUCUACUCAGUAGAAUAGUCAACAGUUUAUGGUUUCAGGAUAUAGCGGACAGUGCUUACCGAUAUAGGCAAGGAAGGCCAUUACUGCUAUCCAGUGUAAGCAAGCUGAUAGCAGACACACUUUUCAGUAUAUUAGUUCAAGCAUUGUUUUUGGGCCAAGGAAUGUUGGUAUCCAGGUUCCCAUUACCUAUUGUAGGUGAUAUUCUGGCCUUAGUACACAUGUGCCUUCUGUACGCUCUCUAUACUUUCGAGUAUAAAUGGUUCAAUAUGGGCUGGGAGUUGCACAAGCGUUUGAGUUUCAUUGAAAGUAACUGGCCAUACUUUGUGGGUUUUGGCUUGCCAUUAGCAGUACUUACCCAACUGCCCAAUUCAUAUGUAAUAAGUGGCUGUGUCUUCUCUAUAUUAUUUCCAGUAUUUAUUGUUAGCGGGAACGAAGCAGAACCUGUGACUGGAGUAUGUAAUCGUCCUCUGAAACUGUUUUCACCGGUAAUUGCAAUCGCAAACACACUCUUCAAUAAAACAAUUAGACCAGCGACCAGACGGUGACAACGAACAGUAUAAUCUGCAUAUUACUUCAAUAAAAUAUGUAGCAAUAAACUAUUUUUCAGGUUUUUUA